CUUUGAGACCGCAGGACUCGUGCUGGCGAUCUGGCAGAGAAUGGCUAGGAGUAAUUUGCGACGCGACCUGCAACAAACCCUAGUAACUGCACGCCAUGCGCAACUGGGUCUCUGAUGAUUACAUGCAUUACUUGCAUAUGACAAUGUCGAAUACACCUCGAUACACCUGGAUUUGCUGCGUUGGGAAAGCGCGGCGAAGGCGAUGACGCGAGGCGGGGGAGCAAGUCACGUAAUGUCAGCCAUAUGAACUCGUGCAGUGAUAACCACUGCAAAAUUAAUCAGAAGGGCGUUGCGAGGUGCAUAAAGCUCCAACAAGCUCUAAAGCGCAGUGUGCACUUUUCUUCGCAAUUGAAUCGGUCGCCCAAUCGGCCGUCGACCAGCUCCGUGGCGGCUUAUCAUUCACGCUACCCUGUGAAAAGGUCAUCACUGGUCCUGUAAGCGAUACAACCUCCGAAAAACGGUGUUGUAAAGCUUGAAGGCGCUCGCGGCUAGUAUAAUGGAGGACGGCAAGGCUCCCGGCGCAGCUGGAACUCCGCCUACUGAAGGCGGAGCGAUUGGCAUCAUGUUCGAGCGGCUCAACCGGGCUGUCGAGGAGUCUGCGGUCGGCCGCUAUUUCUGUCUGAAAGAGAGGAAGUCGCGGUUCACCACGGAGCUGCGCGCCGGGACAGUCACAUUCCUGACGAUGGCCUACAUCCUGGCGGUGAACGGCGCCAUCGUGGCCGACACGGGCGGUCCCUGCGGCCCCUCGGACUGCACACAGAGCACUGGGCCGUUCUGCAUGUUCGGCCCGCCGGGAGGCACCGGAAUGGACGUUGGUUACCUCAGCUGCCGGGAGAACGCCAAGCGCUCCAUGGUCACCGCCACUGCCGUGUCGUCCUUUGUGGCGUGUGUGCUCAUGGGCGUUGUCGGCAACCUGCCUUUCGGCCUGGCCCCAGGCAUGGGCAUCAACGCCUUCUUCACGUACACCGUUGUGGGCUUUGCGGGCGUGGGCGGCAUGAUCACGUACCAGGACGCCCUGGCCGCUGCCUUCAUUGAGGGCUGGAUCUUCUUUGUGAUCAGCAUCAGCGGCCUGCGCGGCAAGAUCACGCAGAUUGUCCCAAAGUGCGUCAUGCUGGCCACCUCGGGCGGCAUCGGCAUCUUCCUGGCCUUCAUCGGCAUGCAGACCAGCAACGGCAUCGGCCUCAUCGCCUUCGAGCCAGCAACACUGGUGACGCUGGCGGGCUGCCCCAUCCAGGACCGCGCGCACAUGUACACCAUUGCAGACCCGGCAGGCGUGUGCUCCCUGGACGCCAACGGCAACCUCAACCCGCCCUCCCUGGGCCCCGCCUCCCCCAACUACGCCUGCAUCACCAACAUGAAGAUGCGCAGCGCCUCGCUGUGGCUGGGCAUCUGCGGCGGCAUCCUCAUGGUCCUGCUCAUGGCCCGAGGCUUCCGCGGUGCCAUCAUGGUCGCCAUCCUGUUUGUCACCUUCAUCAGUUGGAUCCCGAACCACGACGCCUCCUACCUGGGAGCCUCCUCCCAGAUCCCCGGCGGCGAGGAGCGCAUGGCGUACUUCAAGAAGGUUGUGCAGGUGCCGAACACCUCUGCCACGGAUCUCGAGAUGGACUUCAGCGCGUUCGGCACCCCCAAGCUGUGGGCUGCCCUGAUCAGCUUCCUGUACCUGGACCUGCUGGACUGCACUGGCACCUUCUACUCCAUGGCCGCCUACAUCGACAAGCGCCAGCCUGGGUUCAUCAACCCCAUCACCAAGACCUUCCCCCGCAUGACUCUGGCGUUCUCCGUUGAUGCCACCGCCAUCUGGGUCGGCGCCCUGCUGGGCAUUCCGCCGCUGACCACCUACAUCGAGUCCGCCACCGGUAUCCGUGAGGGCGGCCGCACUGGCAUCACCGCCAUCAUGAUUGGCUUCUACUUCUUCCUAGCCAUGUUCUUCACACCCAUCAUUUCCUCCAUCCCGCCCUACGCCACCGGGCCGGCGCUGAUCCUGGUGGGCUCGCUGAUGAUGGAGAACCUGCUGGACAUCGACUGGAAGGACUACACACAGGCCAUCCCCGCCUUCAUCACGAUUAGCGUCAUCCCGCUCACCUACUCCAUUGCCUACGGCAUCAUCGGCGGCAUCAUGUCUUACGUCAUCUUCUACGUGCUGCUGCUCAUCUACGACCUGCUGUCCAUCCCGCUCACCGGCAAGAACUGGCGCGACGUGCUGGCCGCGGCCAAGCCCGAGUUCCUCAAGCCCAUGGCCGUGCUGGAGCAGGAGGAGAUUGCCCGCAACCGCGCCCGCAUCGAUGCCAUGGAGCGGCAGCUUGAGGAGAUGAACGUGGCUCUGGCCCACGCCGAGUCCUCGUCCAUCUCCGACAAGCAGUCCACCGACGCGACCGUCGCCAAGGGCGUCGCGGAAGCGGUGGAGGCGGCGCACGUGCCCGCCGGCGGCCCCGUGGGCUUUGAGACCCAUGAGUCGGAGCAGCAGAAGCCGCAGCAGCAGCCCGGCGGCCCCAACGCUGUGUGAGCCGCCGGGUGCGCUGCUAUGCUACGGCAGUAGUCAUGUGAGGAGGAGCUGCCUGAGAUGUACGGAAAUUUCUUGUUUGUAUCUCUUGUACUGAAUGCCGUUAGUUAUUACGCCAUGGCUUGUGCGCUAUGAGGUCAAGGUGCUGUGCACCGUGCACCGCCGGCACCGCCACUGGACCGCUUCGUGUGUGUGUGUGGGGGGGGGGGGGGGAAAUAGUGUAGACAAGUGCUUGUGUACUCGUGGUCCAACACAAUUGAGGCUUCUUAUGAUGUCAGGACUUGCACAUUGCGUAGUCUUCUGGUGAUCAAGCUUGCAAGCUGCAUGCUUUCGACAGCGCUUGGGUGGUGCGUGCUGCUGGCGUGUGUAUGCGGCACUUUGUGUGGAUCCGGCGGAUGCGUGUGUGGUUGUGGCUUCGUGUUCGAUCGUUCACUGUUCAUCACUGAAUAUUAGUGUGCAUUUGCGCUUACUUUGUGCGUACUUCGUUGCUAUCAACUCCCAGAGGCUGGCGGCAGUCAGAUGCUGGCGCACCCUGCUGUGUGUGACCCCGUGCUGUGUGUGGCCCCCCAUCCCGACCCCGCCGAGACUCAACACAGGAAGACCAGGGGUCUCUCUCUGGCAAUGGCUAUUCUUUCAAGCUGCUGCCGUGUGUGUACUAAAUGUGUGCUAACAUUAGGCGGGGGUGCUAACUGGCGUCAAGCAAGGGCUAAAGCGGCAGUCAAGCGGCGGUCUACCAAGCUAUCUCCUGCUGGGCCCAGCUAGCCCGGAUGUCAAGCAGCGGCCGAUGGAUGUUCGACUGCAUCGUCACCCAGGCACCGCAACCGUGUUAGGUCGGACAAGUUUACGUUGUUACGGGUACGUGAUGCUAUGGUAACUACUGAAUGAUUAGCAGCAGUUGGCGGAUGCCUGGUCGGCGUAAUGAGCCAGGCGAAGCCAGGUAGUGUUUUGUGUCGGUGUGUGGCUCUGAGCAUGCAACUCAUGGCCUGAUUGCCUGACCCGUUUGGCAUGGGCAGUCAACCCCCCCAUGCGCAAUCGCAUGCAGAGCGUCGCUGGGUCCGCAGGCUGCAGGCGCAUGCUUGCAGGUAAACACGUACGGCGCCUCGUUGGAGCAGGGUCAGCCGGCAUGGGAGCUCUGUGCAGGAGCUGGCCACCCCGAUACUCUGGACGGAAUCGAUGACAACUAUGUAAUGCAGAUCAGUU